AUGAAGAGACGUCAAAAUCACUCCUGCGAGCAGUGCAGGAAAGCCAAGAAAGCCUGUGAUGGAUAUCUCCAAAAUAGCGGCAAUGCCGUGUUCAUGGAAGCUGAAUUGCUUCAUCUCGGAAUCCAGGGUGGCCUGAUCUCUCCAUGUUCGUACUGCAUCAAGACAAACAAAAUCUGCGGUCUAAACCCUCACUGGGGCCAAGGUCAUCAUUCAACGGACGGGCAGAGCUUUUCGCGCUCUGAAAACAUUGGACUGGAUGAACGACGCCGGGACAAAAGGCAGCGAAUUCAUUUACCAGAGAAUGAGAUCGAGACGUCAGUAACACCCAUUUCUAUGAUGACUUGCCAAAAUUCAUCCAAAGAGACUUUACAUGUGCCUCUCCCAGAAAAUAGCGUGGUUGGUUGGGAUGCGAUAUCUGCGCCUGUUGCCUCUCUUCCUAUUGGCCAUCCAAACCUCGUCGGGGCUCUUGCAGGAUACGAGAAUUGUUCGCACCCUGGGGACUCUAGACAAGUGAACGACAUAGCUAUAUCUGACGAUCAGCACGUGGAUCGGCUCGAAUAUAACAGUUUGGAUAGCCUCAUGGAGUUAGAAACGGCCGGUUCCGUCUCUGACGAUUCUCGCCACUUCGACUUUAAUUCACAUAGCGUCAUUCCUGAUACCUCCCAAACGUCUUUGUACAAUCACAAUAAUCCCGCUGGCUCCAUAUCUUCGGAGUGGGACGAGACGGACCAAAGCGAACUGUGGAGAUGGCAAAAAAGACGGAAAGAUUUCAGCAACUCGCAAGACUACUUUCUCGUGCCACUAUCUUUAUUUGGUGCAGGCCAUAUUGCUAUGGAAAAUUCUAACAGAUUACUCAUAUCUGAGAGCCUUCUGCAAAUCUACCAUGAUGUUCUAGAGAACAACCUCAGUUGCUGGUUGGCAGAAGAUACGUGCCCAUACAAGAUGCAACAGAGGCGGCACGAGCACCUCUCCAUCCGCCAGAGUAGGAUUUUAGGAGGGCAAAUAACGCCUGAAUGGGGCGUAUCAUGGUCAAACCGCAUGUACCAUCGUAUCAAACAGCUUGACCGAUCUGCUCAGUUGACAAAGCUGAUUCAUCUCACUGCAUCUGAAAAUCGAGCUGCUUCUAAGGCCCUCGAGUUAUCCAUCAUGACGUUUGCCACGCAGUGGGCCCAGGGGGGACGGCGCUGGGAUGGUCACUGGCUGGUAAAUAAAGAGGAAGGACUACACGAUGAAUUUGGGCAAACUCUGCAUCGAUCCGUUUGGGAAUGUGCAAACCAGGCGCUUCAAGAUGUCUCCGAGGUGGAGUGCUUUAGGGUGGUUUUCGCUGAGCUGAUUUUCGGUCUUAUACAGAAGCCGUCGUCGAACAACUAUUCCGAUGCACGUACAAAGGAGAGGCAAACCACUGCAGAUCUGAACUCAACGUUUUCACGGGUCAUGAACAUCAUUGAUCAGGCGGGACCGCCCGUGUUUAUGGAGCGAGGGGCUCGCAAAAUACAUGCGCUCAAACACCGAUUCAAAGCGCGCCAGGCAGGCUUUCACAGCCUCGAAAUAGAGGAGCAGGUGUCUCAUGAGUUCAGCACGGAAGAGACCCGGACGGUCGGCCUCUUGUACUGGCUUGCAAUCAUGUUUGACACGGUCUCUUCAUCUAUGAAUGAGCGGCCCGUCGUUGUUUCCGAUGAAGAAUGUCAACACGAAGCUGCACAGAAAGCAGUUCAAAAUCAUAUUCAGAGCCAGAUCUCUAGUAGUCGAUGGGAACUUGACCUCUACGCCCAGGAGGAUUCGGAGAAGCCAUUAGCCCUGCGUUGGCCUUUGCCGUACGAGGUUGUGACCAGAGCCGUUUCCAGAUCAGCAGCUGUCAAGGUGCUUCUCUUCCGCUACAUCUCAUAUCUUCAGAAAUCAUUGAGAAAUUCCGAGCGCAGCCAAGCCGUGGAAGAGAUUAUUCAACACACGUUAACUGUGUAUCGCUACUGGUUGAAGACACACGGGGCUUUAUUCCGUGACCUGAUGGGGCACUACGAUUCAGUCCCUCCGCGGAUUAAGAGCUGGUUUCCUUGUAUUGGUAUCCCCUGGCAUCUUGGCUCACUCAUGCUUGCCGACCUGAUUGAGUUCGUGGAUAUGCACAGACUUGGUUGCAAAAACGCCAUGGUAGAGCGUCAAAACACCUGCCUGGUAAUGAAAAUCCGGAAAGAAAGCUCAAUCGACCUAGCAGAUCUUGCAGUUGUCCUAACGCCUCGGCCUUUUGGGGGGCUUGGGUUAAACCAACUGCCGGGGUUUCACUUCGCAGUCAAUGAAAGCCCACUUUUGACUGAACCCUGGACGGUGCUUCUCGUUAGGGCGUUUUCAAAAGCUUCAAUAUUUCACUUGAAGGAAACAGAAAAGCUACAGAAGUAUCAACGUUUCGUCUUUGAUCAUGAGAGUAGGGCGCUUCAGGCGAGCAUUACACGACUCGAGAACUGUGUUAUAGCACUCCGAUUCCUGGGUGCUAAGUCGGGGAUGGCUGAGGCUAUUUCCAUAGUACUAUCCGAAUCGUUGAAUAAGUGCCGAAAUUAA